GUUUUAAGCUGUAGACAUACAUAUGGUCUCUGGCGCACUGUGGUGUACGUAAAUACAUUGUAUAGUAAGAUCUGAGCAGUUGCGUGUUCCUUACGGUACGUAGAACUUACACCACUGUAUACGUAGAAGCAUAUUGCGGACACACGCAAAUACACUUACAUCUCAAGCAUACUUGAUCCAUACUUGCAUACUAGCACUCGAGCGUUUUGCACAACAUUACACCAGCCCACCGCACCACAAACACACAAAUAUCCUGUAUAGAUUGUGAGACGUUACUACUGGACUACAAUCGAGCACCAUGGCGCCUCCCAAGUCUAAGAACAACAAAACCAGAAAGACGUCCACCUCAACAGCCCCAGCCCAACCUGGUGCAAAAGCCACAGAUGCUACACCGCUAGAAGGACCAACACGCUCCCUAUCCUUGCACGACAGAGGGGGUGUUGGCAGUAAUAUAUGCACUGUAUGCUUCGAUGAGAUGGAAUACUAUGCUGUAGGCGCAUGUAAUCACAGGGUAGUGUGCCACAGGUGUUCGUUGAGAAGUAGGGCUCUUUUGGAUAAUCAAAAGUGUGUGCUAUGCCGCACGGUGUGUGAGGAGGUGGUGUAUACCACUGAUGCGACGACGGCUUUCGACCAGCUGCCUGUGCAUGACAUGGAGUGGGGCGAGGACUAUGGUAUCUACUACGAAGACAAGCAUGUGAAAGAUUGGGUAUUAAACCAGUUCAAGUACAUCUGUCAAGAGGAACAGCAGGAAUUCCCGAAUAUAAAUUCGUUGAAAGCGCACACUAAGGCUGAGCACAGCCUAUUCUACUGUGAUCUGUGUGUGCAGAAUGUCAAGAUCUUCUUCAGCGAACAGGUCAGGUACACCAAAGCCAAUCUGAACAAACACCGGAAGAAAGGAGACUCUGAAUAUCAGUCAGCUAAAGGUCAUCCCAUGUGCAAAUUCUGCGAGACCCGAUUUUUCGACAACGACGCGCUUUUCGAACAUUUGCGCCAAAAACAUUACCAAUGCCCCAUCUGCACCAAAAACGGAGAUGCAUACGCGUUUUAUGCCGAUUACGACAGACUUGAAGAACACUUCCAGACGGACGAUACCCAUAUCCAGUGCCAGGAACCGGAAUGUCUGGAGGCCAAAUUCAUCGUAUUCGGGUCACAGUUGGAAUACAAGGCACAUUACGCACAGGAGCACGGUAAGAACAUGACACAGAGUGAGCGCAGGAAGGCGACAACGCUCGACUUAGAGUUCCAGUAUGCGUCGUCGUCGUCGUCAUAUAGAGGUCGAGACAAUGGCUUUGGCGGGGGGGGUGGGAGAGGGGCUCGUGGCGGCAGAGGGGGUGGUAGGGGUGGCAGAGACCGCGAGAGAGACUGGGAUAGGGACAGGGACAGGAACGAUCGCAACAGGAACAACUCCAGGUCACCCGUACGCGGAGAACACAAUGAGUACUCCCAUCGGGGCCGGAGCGGUGGUGGUCGAGGCAGAGGUAUAGGUGAUCCAACCAUUGGUAAUGACAGAGGAGCCGGGAGAGGGAGAGGCAGUAAACCAAAGCCCAAUACCGACGCCAACUUUGCGAGUAUCCAGGGCGAAUUCUCGUCAACGACGACGUCAUCAAACAACAACAACAAAAACAAUAAUGGUACAGCCACCAAUAAUAAUAGUUCUAAUAAUAGCAACGAAUCAAAAAGCGGAAGGAGGAAGGCACCGACCGGUUUUGGUACCACCUUGAAUCAUUCGGAAAUCGCGUCGCAAGCCAAUGCGAGCAAUGAGAGUGGUAAACGGCACUUGUCCAAGGAGUUCAAGAGGCCUGAGGGGCCCACAAGCAAUGACCGCCCCAAGAGCCCUGCCAAGAAGGGGGCGGUGUCGCAAACUGAAAUGGCGCCCAUUCCCCAAAACGCAGCCGAACGAAACUCCGUUCUCAUCCAGGACAUAAAGGAAGCGCUGAGCUACGACCCAGUCAAGUUCCAAGAGUUCAAGACCAUUAGCAAGGCAUACAGAACAAAUGCAUUGACUUCGGGUGAAUAUUACUUGCAGUUCAACAAGCUUUUGGGCCCCAGAGCGGCCAGUCUGUUCUCUGAGCUGGUUUCGCUACUGCCUGAAUUGAAUAAGCAGAAAGAACUAUUAGCCUACCACAAUGACUACAAGUCAAAGCAGAAACAAAUGGAGAACUUCCCUCCUCCCGUACCAUCAACUAGUGUCGUUCCCAAAACUAAUCGAGGAAUGUGGGCGAAUGGGAACGGCCCCUCUCGGAGCGGUCUGGUCAGUGCCAACGAUCCACCACUCAGUAGUGGACGCAAUGUCAAUCCCGCGGCAUAUGCAAACAGCACCUUCAACCCUCCACCACUGACCACAACGACGCGCACAGUCACGCCUAAUAGAGGUAUCUGGGCCAGUGGCGGGUCAAAGAACCCUCCCGCUAGCACCACAGCGCAGUUCCCUCCCAUGUAUUCCGAGUCACCCAGUAUGGCCAGUCCUGUGGCCCCGAGUGCAAGCAACAACGUAUAUGCUCAACCAUUCACCACGCAAAAGAAGAACCUGGCUAAGCCGAAACAG